AGACGCGACGGGGCGGGGAGGAAGCGCUCGGAGCACUGCAGGUUUCGUUAUCCUGUGUUAGGUCACUCCGGAGAGGGGGAAGCGGCCCACAGCGUCGCGCGACCGGAAACGACACAACGAAGCCCCAUCUUUUAGACUCGAGUUUAGGCCCCGGGGUGGAGUCUCCGAACCGGGCCCCCUACAGCGGCAGUGCGCAGGCGCGAGCCUGGGGAACCCGGCGUGCUGUACCGCUCAGCGCCCAGCGUCGCCCCCGCGCCCGCGACCAAUGGGAGGCGACCGGGCCGGGAGCGCGGCCAAUGGCAGCGGCCAGAGGAGACGCGGCCCUUUAAGAAGCGGCGGGUGCGAGAGGGGCCCGAGCACCGGACAACAACAACAGCAGCAGCAGCAACGCGGCCGCCGCCACCAUGGCCCUGCAGGCUGAUUUUGACAGGGCUGCAGAAGAUGUGAGGAAGCUGAAAGCAAGACCAGAUGAUGGAGAACUGAAAGAACUCUAUGGGCUUUACAAACAAGCGAUAGUUGGAGACAUUAAUAUUGCGUGUCCAGGAAUGCUAGAUUUAAAAGGCAAAGCCAAAUGGGAAGCAUGGAACCUCAGAAAAGGGUUGUCGACGGAAGAUGCAAUGAGUGCCUAUAUUUCUAAAGCAAAGGAGCUGAUAGAAAAAUAUGGAAUUUAGAAUACAGCAUAUGAGGAAUUUUUCCUUUUGAAGCCUUCCGAAUGCUAUCACGACCUAACAUUUAGAGGGAGAGGCAUACUGUUAACUUCAUGUAUCAUGUAUAUUUUUGCUAUUAGCAUGAGCUGUAAUACUUAGAAGUAUACUGAAACUACAUAGUUAACUCAGUUGUACUUGCUUAAACCAGGUGUCUCUAAAAGUUCUUUUUAAGAAAAUGUGGGCCGGGUGCGGUGGCUCACGCUUGUAAUCCCAGCACUUUGGGAGGACAAGGCGGGCGGAUCAUGAGGUCAGGAGAUCAAGACCACGGUGAAACCCCGUCUCUACUAAAAACACAAAAAAAUUAGCCAGGCUUGGUGGCGGGCGCCUAUAGUCCCAGCUACUCGGAGAGGCUGCGGCAGGAGAAUGGCGUGAACCCAGGAGGCGGAGCUUGCAGUGAGCCAAGAUCGCGCCACUGCACUCCAGCCUGGGCGACAGAGUGAGACUCCGUCUCAAAAAAAAAAAAAAAAAAAGAAAAUGUGGCACAUAUACACCGUGGAAUACUAUGGAGCCAUAAAAAAGGAUGAGUUCAUGUCCUUUGCAGAGACGUGGAUGAAGCUGGAAACCAUCAUUCUCAGCAAACUAUCACAAGAUCAGAAAACCAAGCGUGUUCUCACUCAUAAGUGGGAGUUGAACAAUGAGAACACAUGGACACAGGGAGGGGAACUUCACACACUGGGGCCUGUCAGGGAAUGGGGGCUGGGGGAGGGAUAACAUUAGGAGAAAUACCUAACGUAGGUGACCGGUUGAUGGAUGCAGCAAACCACCAGGGCACGUGUAUACCUAUGUAACAAAACUGCACGUUCUGCACAUGUAUCCCAGAACUUAAAGUAUAAAAAAAAAAUUCUUCUAGAAAAGUAUUUUAUUUUUUAUUUUUAUAGAGUUAGGGAGUACAAUUGCAGUUUUUGUUUGUUUUUCCUUGAGGAGUCGCGCACUCUCACCCAGGCUGGAGUGCAGUCGUGUGAUCUCGGCUUACUGCAACCUCCGCCUCCUGGGUUCAAGCGAUUGUCUUGCCUCAGCCUCCCGAGUAGCUGGGAUUACACGUGCUUGCCACCAUGGCUGGCUAAUUUUUGUAUUUUUAGUAGAGACGGGGUUUUGCCAUGUUGGCCAGGCUGGUCUCGAACUCCUGACCUCAGGUGAUCUGCCCACCUUGGCUUCCCAAAGUGCUGGGGUUACAGUUGUGAGCCACCACACCUGGUCACAAGUGCAGUUUUCUUACAUGGAUCUAUUGUGUAGUGGGGAAAUCUGGGCUUUUAGUGUAACCAUCACCCAAAUACUGUACAUUGUACCCAAAAGGUGAUUUCUCAUCCCUCACCCCCUUCCACCUUUCCAAGCCUCCAGUGUAACCAUCACCCAAAUACUGUACAUUGUACCCAAAAGGUGAUUUCUCAUCCCUCACCCCCUCCCACCUUUCCAAGCCUCCAGUGUCUAUUAUUCCACACUCCAUGACCCUAUGUACACACUGUUUAAUUCCCACUUAUAAGUGAAAACGUGGUAUUUUUUUUUUUGCUUCUGAGGGUUUUGUUUUUUAUCUUUAUUUUCUUGUUUGUUUUUUUUUUUUCUGAGUUUUUCCACUUAAGAUGAUAGCCUCCAGUUCCACCCAUGUUGCUGCAAAAGCCAUAAUUUCAUUCUCUUUAUAUGGCUGAGUAAAUCCCCUGGUAUAUAUAUACAGCGUUUUCUUUAUCCCAUCAUCUGCUGUUGGAUACUUAGGUUGAUUCCAUAUCUUUGCUAUUGUGAAUUGUGCUGCAGCAGACAUGCAAGUGCAGGUAUCUUUUGGAUAGAAUGAUUUCUUUUCCUUUAAGAAGAUACCCAGUAGUGGCAUUGCUGGGUAGAAUGGUAGUUCUAUUUUUAGUUCCGUGAGAAAUUUCCGUGCUGUUUUUCAUAGAGGUUGUACUAAUUUACAUUCCCACCAAUAGUAUAUAAGCAUUCCGUUUUCUCACCAAUAUCCUGAUUGUGAUAUUAUACUACAGUUUCGCAUAACAGUUACCAUUAAAGGAAAUUGGGUAAAAGGCUACACAAA